UGAGUACAUAUAUCUUCCUCACCAAAAAUGUAUGGAUAAUACAAAAUACUAUCCUAUACAUAUUACACCUCGUUUGCAUAUUUUUCUCAUUUCAACACAGAUUUCCAUGAAAUGCUGGCUUGACAAACUUGGGUUCACUACAUUAACACCAUAACAGAGAAUAAUCACUGAAUGUGAAUACGAUUACUCGCGUGUUGUAGCAUAGGUAUGACCUUGUGAUUCUAUUAGUAAUAAAAAAAAAAAGAAGAAAGUGGAUGAAGAAAGGAGUGGAGAAGGGAAGGAGACAAGGACGCCACUAGACAGUGUUGGGUCGCGACAUGCUGUAUUCCUUCGACUCCGUUCACCUCCAUUCACAGUAAAUAAAAGCAUGGAGGCUCUGACUCUCGGGAUCUAACAUCGAGCAGCGGGGGGUAAAGACAUUGCCGCAUGCGCUCUUCCCUACACCAAAACACGCAGGAAGGAAGCAGGAACGCGGCGAACGCUUUUCUAGUUGGAUUAAACCCAUUUUCAGCGAAAGGGAGGAUUGUAGUUGGCGAAAGGUGCGGGGCAGCCCGCCGUGCCGAGCAUGAAGCGGACGGCUGUAGUGGCCAGGCACAAUGGCCUCGUCUCUCCGCUGGGGAACAACAACUCUGGAGCUUCGAGCAUCGUCUCACCACCCCAGCCGAGAGCCACUAGCAUAUCCGCUUCUGCCGCCAGCGGUGUCGGCGGUGGAAUGGACGGCCUUCUGGAUUUCUCCAAAGGCCCCACCGUCAAAACCGAACUGGUCUGUAAAUGGAUUGACCGAACUUCUUCGAGACAGAGGCUUGGGCGGACGGCGACAUCCGUCUGCGACCAAACUUUCAGCUCCAUGCACGAGCUGGUGGACCACGUCACCACCGAGCAUGUAGCAGCGGGGCUCGAGACCCUCAGUCAUGUCUGCAUGUGGGACGAGUGUAUGCGCGGCGGGAAGGCGUUCAAAGCCAAAUACAAACUCAUCAACCACAUUCGCGUGCACACUGGGGAAAAGCCUUUUUCAUGCGCAUUUCCCAACUGCGGCAAGAUGUUCGCACGUUCCGAGAACCUCAAGAUUCACACGCGCACGCACACUGGUGAGAAGCCAUUCCAGUGUGAGUUUUGUGAGCGUCGCUUUGCCAAUAGUAGUGACCGAAAGAAGCACUCACAGGUCCACACGGCCUCGAAGCCCUAUGACUGUAAGGCCCUGGGCUGCACCAAGUCCUACACCCAUCCCAGCUCCCUCCGCAAACACAUGAAGGUUCACGUCAAGUCGUCACCUACCUCUGAACCCCAGGACCCCUAUGACUCCAUCCCUCAUCAACUCCAGCAACCUCAUCAGGCUCUCCUCGAGCCCCUCGACCUUAAAAUGAACCACCUCUCUCCAUCACUUGCCAACAAAAACACUCAUUUUCCUCUUCUGUCUAGUCAUGAAUUGGACAUCAGCUCAGCCAGCGAAGUGGACCAUAAGCUGCUGCUGCGGAGUUCAUCUCCAAUGGCAAUGCCUCUGGAUCUCUCUUUGUCAGGCCUGAAGAAUCAGCUGGCCCAGAAGCAGCAGGGUGGCAGGACCCCACGGAGGAGCCAGCGCUCAGUCAACCCAGCCUUACCUCAGUUGUCUAACAUUAAAGAGUGGUAUGUCUGUACCAGGACUACAGCACCACACUUUCCUCUACUUCACCCGGACCACAUCAAAUCAGAACCUAGUGAUGACGAGGAGUAUGUCACGUAGGAUGGAGAGACUGGUGAAACUGGUGGAGGUGAAGAACAGACCUCAUACACUGUCAGACCCAAGUCAGGUCAGAGGAUGCUCUGUGGAAUCAUAAUUGCUGUAAUUUUCCAGAACCAGCAGUUUCGUGGUUCAACAUCAGCGGCCCUUCAAAGAUGGAGAAGGCUGUGAUCAGAUAGAAGGCUUUUUUACUCCGCCAAACACAAAACUCAGCUCGGAGAUUGUCGCUAUCUGUGGACCAAAAGCAGUGGUUCAAAUGAUGCCAGAAGGGACAAGAGGAAUUCCAUCACUAUGGUUGUCAAACUAAAUGUCUGACGAAAAACUGCAAGUUAUCUAAACAGUGUUAGCUAGCUAACCUGAACUAACAAAGGAUAACUUUGUACAAAUGGACCAGAGAAUGUUGGUGACUCCUCUGUUUGCUGUUAAAAAUAUGAAGAGAGUGUGUGUACAUGAUGACAGAUUAUUGACCAAUUAAUCUAAGAGCUCCACAUAGACAGAGCAAUUUCAAGGGCUAAAUUGAGACUGAUGGAAAGUGGUUCAUGUUAACCUUAGCUCAUGGUAAUAUUGUACACAUGGUAACAGAGCAGGUGAGUGUGUGCCUGUUGAGGCCUCAGUGUGCUUUAAGCAAAGUAGUUUGGACAAUGUCAGAAAGUUACAAAAAUUGUCAGAAGCAGCUGAUUCUGCUGUCAGAGAGGAGGUUUCAGAUGUUGUUAGUGAUCUGACAAGCACUUUGUUUGAAGCAAAAUUAGGCCUUUACUAAUAAACCCUUAGUAGUAACUCGUUCAAAAGUGUUUUAUGUGAUCACAGUCUAAUCCAACACAGCAGCCAGCAGUGAAGCUGCAGUUUUAAGACAGUGGGACUGAACCUUCUUUGAACUGUUCAUCAAGUGUCUCCUUAACCUCUUCAACUCUAUGGACCUUUCAGUGAGUUACUUGUGGGUUAAUGUUUACACUCCAUUUACAAUUUAGUUAAGACCCCCAAGGUUUCCAAAGUGAACAUAUAUGUCAUACACAUAUUCCUUUAACAUAAGCAAUGAGAGCUCUAGUAUUUUCCCUUUGAUCAAAUGGUGCAGCCAUAAAAAGUGGCAUCUUGGAUUUCAAUAUUGACUCAAUGUACACAUCUUUUAGUGUCAAUGAAUCAAGAAAGUGCAAUGUAUUGUGUAAGAUUGUGGUACAGCUUGGAAAAGUGUAAAGUCUAUGUUUGAAAAGAACACUUUAAAUGUACAUUAUCCAUUCACUAGUAGGUCAUUUCAAGCUGGAUUUGAACCUGGGACGUACCUGAAGCAGAUUGUUAAACAUACAAUGAAACCAGAUUUAAAUGCUGUUUUAGAUGAGAAUUACUAGUGUAUUACCUCCCAGGUCUUGACAACCCAGGUAACACUGAUGGUGAGCACACCUGAAAUGUUUCUAAUAAUCCCUCAUUGCACAGGAAAACUGGGCACACAACUACAGUAAGUACAGUAGGUCAAAGCUGAUGCAGGGAGCAGGUCUGUAAACUGUGAUGAGUGUUUACAAGUUUGGGGGAUUAUUUUACAGUUCAUCUCUCCUAAUAAGUUUAAUUACUUAAGAGGUUUGUUUAAACCUUUGUGAUCACCAUGUUCCCAAGCUUGGUGAGUACAUUAUUCUGAUAGGAAUGAAAGACGAAACUGCAACAGUUACACCCAAGUUGAAUGAAAUCAGGAAGACAAAGCAGAGAGGGUAUGUGGACUUUUGUGAGUGCAGAACACAUUUCGAGAGCAAGGGCAUGGUGUUAUUGAAGUUGUGAUUCUCAAGAGCAAUAAUCUCUAGAUAUGAAAAAGCAACUGCUCGUACUCAGUUUUUAAAAUGUGUAUUGUUAUGGUUGGUCCAGUGGUCAGUCCUGGGUUUGAGUCCUCCAGCUUGGACCUUUCUGUGUGGGGUUCCAAACACAUGCAGGUCUGAUUGAUUUGAAUCUUGCCCAUAGGUAUGAAUGAGAGUGUGAAUGGUUGUUUCUCCAUAUAUGUUAGCCCUGUGCUAGUCUGGUAAUUUGUCCAGGUGUACCAUGCCUUUCACUCAAACAAACAGCUGAAUAAAAUCCAUUGCACUUGACCUGGAAGUGAAGUGUCAUCCUGUUAGAUGCUUCCUUCUUAAUAACAUUAGGUGCUCCCAGUGUGAUUUGCCUUGUUUUGUUGUUGUUGUUUUUGUCAGAAACACAUGAACUGUUGAAAGAAUAGCCUGCCAGCUGUGUAUGGGAAACUGAAGCAUAUGAUAGGUCCUCUCAUGAUAUCAAGUCCUGUGAAUCUUUCAACCAAUGAAACAUAUUUUUAACUCAA